AUGAUGAAGCCGACUCUGGUAGCAACGGCCCUGCUGGGCGCCGUGUCGAGCGCCCUGGCGAGCGUCGUCACCUCUUCCAGCGGCGGUAAGGCCGUCCUGCCCGCCGACUUUGAGCCUCCCCAGGUCUUCACAAACGUCAACCUGGUCCACAUCAUCUCUCUCGAGAAGAACUACGCCAAAGAGCAGAUCAAUGUGCUUGUCCAGAACUCGGCCGAGGAGCCCCAGGACGAGUACUACGUCCCCUUCACUGCCGACCAGUUCAGCCGUGUCGGAGGUUUCGAGGUCAGGGACCGCAAGGACGCAGACGCUGGUCCGUUUGUCGUCGAGGCUGUCGAGUACGACCCUCUUGCUGACGUCCAGUACUACCGUAUCCGCCUGCCGACUCCCCUCAAGGCCGGUGGUCAGCAGACUCUGGGCAUCUCCUUCUACUAUCUGAAGGCCUACCAUCCCCUUCCUGCUUCUAUCGCUCAGGAUGAACGCCAGUUUCUCGCUCACGACUUCUCCGUCUACGCCCCGUCCGCGUACCCGACCGCCAAGCAGAAGACGGAAGUCAAGGCCGGCACCGUGGCCAUCCCCAACUACACCGAGAUUGGUGAGUUCCCCGAGAAGCAAGGGUCCAAGCUCGUCUACGGCCCCUUUGGCGAGCAGCCCGCCGGUGCCGUGUCCCCCGCCCAGGUACGCUUCGAUUUUACGAAGCCCGUGACGCACAUCGCCAACCUGGAGCGCGAUAUCGAGGUCAGCCACUGGGGCGGCAACGUCGCCUUUGAGGAGCGCUACGUGCUGCACCACCUGGGCGCCAACUUGACCAACAACUUCAACCGCGUCAAGUGGGCCCAGUCUCAGUUCGUCAACCCGCCCACCUGGGCUCUCAAGGAGCUGCGCUUCCCCCUCCAGGCCGGCAGCGUCGACGCCUACUUCACCGACACCAUCGGCAACGUCUCGACCUCGCGCUUCCGCUCGAACAGGCGCGAAGCCCUGCUCGAGCUCAAGCCCCGCUACCCCAUCUUUGGCGGCUGGAAGUACCCCUUCACCGUGGGCUGGAACUCGGAUGCCGCCAACUACGUGCGCAACACAGCCACUGGCGGCUUCGUCCUCAAGGUCCCCUUUAUCGAGGGCCCCAAGCAGGCCGAGGGCAUCGAGUACGAAGUCAUUGACAUCCGCGUCCUCCUCCCUGAGGGUGCCGAGAACGUCAGGCUCUUGGCCGAUAUCCCGUCCUCCUCCCUCGUCGGCUACAGCGUAGACGUGCACAAGACCUACCUCGACACCAUUGGCCGCACGGCCGUCCACGUCAAGGCCCGCAACCUGGUCGACGAGUUCCGCGACCGUGACCUCGUCAUCUCCUACGAUGUCUCGCCCACCGUCACCCUACGCAAGCCCCUCAUCGUCUUUGGCAGCAUGCUCUCCGUGUUUGUCGUUGCCUGGGCCGUCGGCAAGCUCGAGCUUAGCAUUUCCAAUAAAUAA